AUGGAGAACGGCGAGCCUGUCGAAGGGAGCAUCUGGUUCUACGCCCCGACCAAGGGCGCGCCGAUUCCCUUUGCCGUGAUCUUUGGGCUAUCCACCGCCCUCCACCUCUGGCAGUGCGCCCGCUACAAAUCCUGGAAAGUCACCGCCUACCUCCCCUUCUGCGCCGCCAUCUUCACCGCCGGCUUCGCCUGCCGCGAAGUCGGCGCCUUCGACUACACCAACAUCAACAUCUACAUCGCCUCCACCCUCCUCGUCUACAUGUCCCCGCCCAUCCUCGAACUCGCCAAUUACCACAUCCUCGGCCGCACCCUCUACUACGUCCCCUACUUCUCCCCCAUCCACCCCGGCCGCGUCCUCACCACCCUCGGCACGCUCUCCGCUAUCGUCGAGGUCCUUAACGGGUUGGGCUUGGCGGUUAUCACCCUGUUUUAUACCCUCGCCGGCGUCUUCCACUACCGGUGCGUGCGCGCUGGCGUGGCCCACCCGCGCGUAAAGGGGGUUCUGUACUCGCUGUACGUGAGCAUGCUGCUCAUCCUAGCGCGAACCAUCUACCGUGCAGUCGAGCACUUCGCCGCGCCAGCCUCUAGCGCAACCACGGUCAACAUCCACGACCUCAGCCCCAUCCUGCGGUACGAGUGGUUCUUCUGGGUGUUUGAAGCCAGUCCCAUGCUGGUGAAUGUACUGUUGUGGAAUGCGCGCCAUCCGCUGCGGACUGGGGGUGGGCUGCCGUCGAAUCAUAAGAAGUAUUUGGCGCAGGAUGGGACUACGGAGUUGGAUGGGCCGGGGUGGGCGGAUAAGAGGAAUUUGGUGAUGACGGUUAUUGAUCCGUUUGGGUUGGUGGCGGUUUGUGAGAGGGAUCGGAAGGGCGAGCCGUUUUGGGAGGAGAAUGGGUUUCAUCAUUUGUUGGGGGGGAAGAGUGGUACCGGGCAGAAUGUGUAA